AAGAAUUUGAAAUCCGUGUUUGAUGAAGAAGUUCUUGGUUUAUCGCCACUUGUGCUUCCCACAAGCUUUUUCUCUCUUAAAGAAAUUAGGGUUAAAAAGUGUCAUCAGUUAAAGAAGGUAUUCUAUCUGGAUGGCUGCUUCGCUACUUCCAAUCUCUAGAGACUAUCGGCGUACGAAGAUGUAGGCAAAUGGAGGAGCUGAUAUCGUCAUCGGCACAUGAAAUCCGUGUUUGAUGAAGAAGUUCUUGGUUUAUCGCCACUUGUGCUUCCCACAAGCUUUUUCUCUCUUAAAGAAAUUAGUGUUAAAAAGUGUCAUCAGUUAAAGAAGGUAUUCUAUCUGGAAGGCUGCUUCGCUACUUCCAAUCUCUAGAGACUAUCGGCGUACGAAGAUGUAGGCAAAUGGAGGAGCUGAUAUCGUCAUCGGCACAUGAAGAAGAAACAGUCACUCUACCCAAGUUACAAAGCUUGCGAUUGGGAAGUUUGCCCGAAUUGAAGAGCAUCUGCAAUCGCUCCAGUGUGUUGAUUUGUGAUUCCAUCCAGAGUCUAACGAUUUCAGCCUGUGUAAAGCUAAAGAGGAUUCCUCUGAAUUCUUCCCAAUCAUCUUAUCCUCCUUCCCUCAAUGAAAUUGUCGUAUCCCCAAAAGAAUGUUGGGAGUCAAUGGAAUGGGACCAUCCCAAUGCAAAGGAUGUCCUUUUACACUUCUGUAAGUUUCUAUCAAAGCCUGAUGCCAAUGAAGCAUUCGAAGAUUCUGAUUAUUACAGUUAAGAGAGUGAAGAGUCUGAUGAUAUUGAUGAAAUCGAAGAGGAAGAACUUUGAGUAGGCUCUUUGGUGAUAGGGCACAUUGCAAAUUGAAAUUGGAAUUCGAAUCCGUUACCACAAGAAAGUUGGAGGAAAUCACAUUUGCACCUGUUGCCGUUGCUCUUGCUGUUGGGUUUUCAAUUUAAUAUAAACUUGCUAUUCUUUGUUUUUCUUUUGCUGUGUCUAUAUUCUGUGUUUAAACAUGUCAGAAUUCUAAGUGGAAAUGUUUAUUUCUUUAUCUUCUGUGUAACUUUUUCUUUGAAAUGUUUAAAUAUAUGUCUGAUUAGCUAAAGUAAAUUAUUGGUUAAUUAUUGUUAUUUAAAAAAUAAUUACUUAAUGACCAUCCUUGGAUGUUGCCUGGUUACAAUUACAUUUACCUGUGGGCAAGCUAACUGAUGUAGGGCCAGAAGAAAUAGAAAAGCAUAAACUUGCUUAAUAAGUGGUGCUCCACCACUGAUGUUGAUGCUGUGCUAGAAAAGCAUGCUGGUGAUGAGGAGCAACUGGAUCACUACUUAACACAAUUCAAAUGGGUACUUUGGUAACAGUAAGAGCUCAAGUUUUUCCAUGAAGAGCUCCAAAAUGAGAUGUCAAGUAAACUAUAGUGUUACUUUGAAGGAGAAGAAACUGCCCUUGUCCUCUCAAAUGACCUUAGGAAGGAAUGAAGUUUAAAUGUUUGGGCCUCAAUUUUGUCAUUUGAAACAAGCUGUGGUUGCUCUGCUUCAAUAUGAAAUCCUGCCUCAGUUCAAGCAUCUUUAUUGUCCUAGCUUCCCUGCCUCGCAUUUGACACCCAAUUUUGAUCUGUAGUCUCCACGUGCGCCCUUAAAGAUGUCUGCUUUGGCCAUGAACAUAUUGACUCGAUUUCUUAAGGAAACACUUGCAAAUCUAUCAAUAUGCUGAUUAGAGGCAAAAAGGAUCCUCUUGAUUGUCUUCCCUGGAGUUGGUUACCAGAAUGGUGACUCUGAAAUAGAUAUUGUACCAAAAAGCAUAGUAGGUACAUGUCACAAAUUUGGAGGAUGCUUUUGAACAUACCAGAGAUGUUCUGAAGCAUGUAAAGAAGGAACACUGGUAAAGAGCGUACAAGAUAAAGGACUGUUCAAUUGGGUGUGCUAAGUACCAUGCCUGGAUUUCUCAUUGCAGAAGCUGCACCAAUGGUUCUAUGCUUGGAUUUCUCAUUGCAUCUGGAAAAUAUAUGAUAGAUCCAAAUCAAGCUCUAAGAAAGCAAGUAUAACCAAUUGCUUGUCUUCACUUGAUUCUAAAGUUCAGAUUAUUACUCAACGAUAAUGUGCAAGAUGGAGUGGUUGGGCAGCCUGGUUUGAAUUUGUACGCAAGAAAGGAACCGAAAUCCUCAUCGACAGAAAUUCCCUUCUGCUUCUGCCAUUUCGACACUAUAGAUUGUUCGAUACUUAUACCACCUGAAAAGAUGGGAACAUUUUUGUUUCUUGCCGAAGAGUAGGAGUGUUGAGUUAGUCAAUUGAUGCUACGUGCUACUAAUUUCUUUGCAACUUGUAAGAUAUGUAACAUAAUCUUUCUAGACGAGCUAGGAAUGGAAAAUCAAGAACUUAAAUCUAUGCCCUAUUUUUUUACCUAAUCA